UCACUCUAUCAGCGAGUUUUGUGGCGUCCGGUUGAUUUUUCCGUUAUUCGCUGCGUCGCUGCGUUCUCCUCGUUCGUUUUGUUCCUCCACGUUUUUGGCGUCGUCGUACGUUUACGUGUCCCGCUCUCACUCACCAUCUCGCUCUCUCUCUCACUCUUUCUCUCUCCCACUCUCGGCUGGCGCGCGGCUCUCGCGCGUGCCCAAGUGUGUGCUGUGUGUGUGCGUGCGUGUGUGUGUGCGUGUUUGUUGGUUUGUCGGUGAGCAGCGCAGCGCAAUAGAAAACAUUAGUGAAUUUUUUUCGGGUGAAGCGCGCUGUGAAAAAUGCGUGCGCGCGUGUGUGUGUGCGUGUGCGAAAAUCAAUAUGAAAACAUGAAUAACAUAAGCUAAAAAGGAAACAAACGGCACAGAGGCACAGAAAAAUACAAAAAAUAAAGAGAAGGAAAACGAAAAAGCCAGAACAGUUAGCCAUAGCCAUUCCAGUGAGUGCAGCAGCAGUCGCAGCACCAGCAGCAGCAGCACAAGGAGAUUUCCAGGCAGAGAUCCCAAAGCAGCAGCAGGUUCCAGUUUCCAGCUUCCAGCGCAGGGCAGGUUCCCACUGUUCCACCGUUCCACACACACACGAGAUGUCGCUGCAAACGAAAAGGCAGCACUGCUAUCUGUGCGACCUACCCCGCAUGCCCUGGGCCAUGAUCAAUGACUUCUCGGAGGCGGUAUGCCGCGGCUGCGUCAACUACGAGGGCGCCGAUCGCAUCGAGGCGGUGCUGGACGCCGCCCGCCAAAUGAAGCGUCUCCAUCCCGCCAGCAAACAGCAGCGUUCCCAUGAGAACGGCGAAGUCUCUGCCGCUGCCGCCGCCGCCGCUGCAGCCGUUACUCUCCAUCAGCAGCAACAACAGUUACAAGUGGGCCCAGUUCCAGGACCAGGACCCGGUUCCCAUCGCAGCGGUGGUGGUGGCGGCGGUGGCGGUGGUAAUCCACCUGGCGGUGGCGUUCCAGGACCCUCGGGUGCCGGCGGACCACUGAGUUCGCUGGGCAAUGCUGUGGCCGCUGCUGCCGCAGCCGCUGCCGUUCAUCAUCAUCAUCAGAUGCCCUAUCAAAUGCCCGUGCCGCGCAUUGGUCCGCCUCUGGAUUAUCCCGUUAAGCUGGAGGAUGCACCCGGUGGCGGUGUGCGUCCCGUUCGCAUUUCCCACAUGACGCCGCACCACCUGCCGCCCAAUGCAACGCGCGGUGGCGGCGGCGGGGGUGGUGUGCCCACAGCGGGUGGCGGAGGACCCGGCAGCAAUUUACCGCCCGCACUGUCCGUCAACCUUAAGCGACCGCCCAGCGAGGAUGUCGACGUGGAUGUUAGCCAACAGCAGCAGCAGCAGUCGGGACAUGGUUUGCCGCCAGAUGGCGUCUCCGCCGCCUCUGUUGUGGGAGGCGUGGCCGGCGGCGGUCCGCCCGGCAUUAAGCGCAGCGCCAUGGAGGAUCCAACGGGCGGGGGCGGUCGGCCGCCCUUGACGCGCGGCGAAUCCCUGCCCGCAGCGGUCAGCUAUGUGCCCGAGCGGCAGCUGAGCAGUCUCAGGGAUAAACAGCAGCCCGUCAGAGCGCCCAGCUUUGAUGCAUCGACCUUCAAAGCAGCCAAUCCGAUUCUUAAUCCGAUUCCACACCAUCUUCAUAUUGCAGAGCACAUGUCCCCGGCCAGUCGACGCAAUGGAUCGAGCCCGCCCUCGGGACCGCUGCCCCCGCGCAGCGUACACUCGCCGAACAGUUCGGGUUCCUCGUCGGGACGUCGUUCAUCCGGAUCCCGUCACGUUUCCAGCACCACCGUCACCAGCUCCGAGGUGGGCGGCUCGAAUCCGGGCCAGGCGGUGGUGGCCGGUGGCCUUGGAGGCGGUGGCGGAGGAGGAGGACCCGGAUCGAAUGCCGCCAGCGGACCCCUUGGCGGACCGAACGGCGGCAGCGGACAGCUGAGUUGCACUAGCGGCGGACCAGGUGGACCAGGUGCCAGCUCCGGAGGCGGUGGCAAUGGAGCCAUAGGGCCCGCCUCGAUGGCACCCAAUUCGGUGGCCGGUGAUGGAAGUCCAGCCGGUGGCAAUGGACCAUCCGGCAGUAAUGGCAGCGGCGGUUCCGUGAAUCCCGGUCCCGGCAGCAGUGGCAGUCAGGGUGGUGGAACACCGCUGGCCAGCGGCGGUGGUUCGGCGGGCAGCGGCGGUCUUGGAGGAGCUCCCGGCAGCAGUGCCGCUUCGAAUUCGGCAGCUGCGGCGGCGGCGGCUGCUGCCCAGAAUGCCACGCUCAAGUGCACCCUGUGCCAGGAGCGAUUGGAGGACACCCACUUCGUGCAGUGCCCCUCGGUGAACCACCACAAGUUCUGCUUUCCCUGCAGCCGCGAGAGCAUCAAGCGACAGAAUGGUCUGGGCAACGAGGUGUACUGCCCCAGCGGCGAUCGCUGUCCGUUGGCCAACUCGGUGAUACCGUGGGCCUUCAUGCAGGGCGAGAUCACCACCAUUCUGGGCGAGGAGGUCAAGGUGAAGAAGGAGCGCGAGUCUUAAUGUCCAUUUUACUGUAAGAAGCUGCGCAGGGCUUUGGAGCACUUUUGAGAGGCGGAGGCGACCACUCCCCGGAUAAUAUCUGAAUAUCUGAAUAUCUGGCAACUGGCAUCCAACUCUCGACACUCUCGGUUGGGUCACUUGGUUUAAGAUUGGGGGGACAUUAAGGAGCAACCGAUUUUUUUGGCCACGGCGGCGGCAUCUCAACAGCAGCAGACAUGAAUAUAAUGCUCUGUAUUUGUCCAUGACGACCGACCAAGCAACAACAACAACAACAACAACAGCAACAGCAAAACCACAUUUUUGUAGGCGUAAGCAACAACAAACAAAAAAAAUGAUAAUGAAAAAUGCAAUUUGUUACCAGCAAAAGAAGUUUAAGAAGAAAGUGAAAACACCAAAACGCUCGCAAGUGAGAAAAACAAAAACUGUAAGCGAAAGCGUUGAAAAACACAUUUUCGUAGCAUACUUAUAGACGGGCGUUGGAGAAUUUGUCCAAAAGAAAAAAUAUAACACCAACCAACAAGAAACUUCUACAAAAAUGCAUACGUAGCCAAGUGAAAAGAGAAAGAAGAAAGAUUUUCGAACCGUCAAAAACCAAGGAGAGAAUUUUGAAAUAUUUCUUAAUAACAAAAAACAGUAAACUAAAAUCAACCUAAUUGUAGCAAAAGAAAGCGGCAAAUCACAAAAAGGAAUAUACACUUGCUGGCAUUAGAUAUAUAAAAUCCUUUUUUUUAAUACGAUUAUACAUAAAACCCUAUACAUUAUACGAUAACUUAAAUUCUGUUAUGUAGGCGAGCGAUUAAUACAUAAGUUACAUUUAGUUUGUACUAAUUAAUUAAUUUAUUUCUAUACAUGUUGCCUAAUUUACAAUCUACAUUUUACCCCUUCCUUCCCCUCACACUUACGUUUUUUUUAAAUAUUAUUUUUAUUUUUAUAAAUACCAUUUUUUUUGUAAGUUUAACUAAUUUAAAAACAACACAAUGAAAAAAAAGCGAAUGGAAAAGAAAGAGAGAAAAACAGUUAUUAUGCUAAAGAAAAUGUACAUACGUAUGCAUACCACAUAAUCGGAAUAUAAAUAUAUACAUAUAUUUAAUAAUAUAGAAAUAUAUUUGAUGUUGAACACGAAAUUGGCGGCAGACAACAACAAAAAAAAACUGGCAAGACCCCAAAAACGGGGUUACAGUGGAAUUUUAAACGAGACUUUUUAACCAAAGCGAAUUCCAUUCGCUAUCAAAAAAAUUUUAGCUACAUUUUUGUGAUUUCGAACGAGGCAGCCGGCUCAUCUGGGUAAAAGAUAGCUCCAAUCGGGCAUCAGAUUGUAUCAGAUUGGCAAAUGUUUUUUAGCUAUAUGUAUUUAGGGUGUGUAUAGCCGGUGUCGCUGGGCAAGAACUGCUGAAAGAAACACACUCCGGACCAACCAAUCGAAAAAAUCGAAAAAAAGCACAACAAAUCUCGGUAUCGGUUUGGAAAUUGCCAGCAAUACAUAUUUUUGCAAAGCGGCCAAAUGGUCGCGAUUUGGGACUGCCAAUUGUCCUUUUUGCAGUUGCAACUCAAAACUAAUUUACAAAUACUGUCUACUAGAGGGUUUUUUACUAGGCACGAAAGGAAAUCCAAAUGGAGAGCGAGUAUUAAUAUAAAGAAGGAAAAAAGUCAAGCGAAUCAGUCAUCAAAUGCAAUUUAUAUAUGCGAAAACACACGUAGGUGUAUAUAAAUAGAGGCACAUUGGGCCAGGCGUAUUCUUGCUAUUUACUUCAACGUUUAACAGUUCGAUAAAUAAAAUUUGUAGAUUUUAUUUGAGUCCAUUAACGUAUUAUUUAAAUACGAUCUUUAUUUCACUUGUAGUUCCAAAACAUAUUCCUUCCCAUUCAAUAGAACAAUCAAAUCUUUAUUUCAUUGGGGAGAAUUCGGUUUUCUGAUAAACAACUCAAUUGAAAAAUGGUUUCGAUAGCGGAAUGAUGCAUUAUUUCGAUAGAAGCAUUAAACAAUCGGUGUUAUCGAUGGCACAACAAAGUUAUAUAAAUGAAAAUCGUAGGCUUCGUUUAUAUCUAUUUAGCGUAUUUUUUGAAGACGAUCUUUGUUUAUUUUUUAAAGACCCAAAACAUAUUCCUUUCUAUUGAGUAGAACAAUAAUAUCUGUACUUCAUUUUGAAGAAUUCGUUUUUCUGAUCCACGACUUAAUUGGAUAUGGUUUCGAUAGCGAAAUUUCGAACUAUUUAGAUACGAGCAUUGAUCAAUCGGCGAUUUUCGAUGGCACCAAAAGUCUACAAGGCGCUUUAUAUAAUACGAUCUUUAUUUUUUGAAUUGUAGUUCUGAAACAUAUUUCUUCCUGUUAAGUAGAACAGUUUGACCUAAAUUGGUAAAUAGCGAAAUUUUGCACAAUUUCGAUAGAAGCGUUGAUCGAUCGGCGAUUUUUGAUCACAUAAAAAGUUCAAUAAAGGAAAAUCGGAGAUUUUUUUAAAUCUAUUAAACGUUUUAUUUUAAUACGAUCUUUAUUUAAUGUCAUAUAGUUCAAAAACAUGUUCCUUCCUCUUGAGUAGAACAUAUAAAUCUGUAUUUAACUUGGCAAAUCAAUUGGAAAAGGGUAUCGAUAGCGAAAUUUUGUACUAUUUCGAUACGCGCAUUCAUCAAUCGGGGAUUGUCGGUGCCACAAAAAAGUUCGAUGAAUAAAAAUCGUUGAUUUUAAUUACAUCUAUUAAACGUAUUGUUUAAGAACGAUCUUUAUUUCAUUUUUUGAAGUUCCAAAACAUAUUUCUUCCUAUUGAGUAGAAUAAUUUGGUUUCCUAUCAACAACCUAAUUGGAAAAUGGUAUCGUUAGCGAAAUUUGGCACUGUUUCGAUAAAGGCAUUGAUCAUCGGAGGUUAUCGAUAACACAAAAUUUGCACAAAAUCUAGAGAAACGAAAAAGUAAGUGGAAAUGAAAACCAGCUGAGGAGUUAUGCUUAUAUAUGUAAAUCUCAAAUUCCCCAUUUGCCCUGAUUUUUUAAAUCGAUCAUUCCUUUUCCUCAAUCCAAUGAUCCCACACUUUAUGAUUUCACUUCGAGCGGAAGAGAAGUUGCAAGAAAAACAAAAACAAAGAAAAAAAAAACACAUUUUGUGAUAUAGCCUAGCAAGAACAACAAGAAGAAGAGCAUGAAAUCCUGGAAAUCGGAAAAUCGAAAAUGGAAAAUGCAUAAAACGCAAAGAAACUAAGAAAAAAUUGAAAAGGCUCUGCACUUCGGCCAACCAGAAAACGAUCUCACUUUCUUAAAAAUGAGAUUUGCAAUUGAAAAAAAAAAAACAAAAAAACAGAAAACCAAUUUAUAUUGAAAUCAUACAAUAGGCCAAUACCAACGUUUUAGCAAUCUAAGUCUAAGAAGAAAACUAAUCGAAAUUUUCUUUACAAAACUAAACUAAACAAUAACUAACGUUUGUAAACCUUGUGCGUGUGUGUGUAAAACAGUAGUGCUAUCUAAAUAUAAUACAGAUCAGAUAUCGCAUUAUGCAUCAAACCUUAAAUAAGUACGAGUACAUACAUAUUAAAAAGAAAACCAAAAAAAAAAAAGAAA